CAAAUAAAGACACGAGGAUGGCAAUGUAGCGGGUGAUCUCUUGUUCAAAGAGUAUAUGACUUUAGCUUUGGAUUGUUUAGUGUUUACUUUUAUAGGCACGUGCUACGGUGUUUUGUUGAUAAUGUGGUUUACAUGCAGCGCGAAUACAAGAUAGUUCGUGGGGUAGCAACUUCAGCUGUUAUCAUCUGGCUGUCAAGUGCGAAUGAGGGUGUAGAGUGGAAGGAAGGCCUUGGUCGAAAGAACUUUUAACCUUUUUACAUUAGUAUUUUCGCCUAAUUUAAAGCGUCGUCAUGGGAAAGAAACAUAAGAAGGGGAAAUCAGUGAAAAACAAUAAGGUCAACAAAGAUGAACCAGAGGAAUUCACAAGAGCACCUCAUUCAUUUAUAAUUCACCGUGGAAUUGUUGGCAACUCCAUUCUGGAGCUAGUGAAAGACUUUCGAAGAGUGAUGGAGCCAUUUACAGCUACUUCGUUAAAGGCUCGCAAGAAGAAUGUAAUUAAAGAUUUUGUCUCUGUGGCUGGGCUUCUACAUGUUUCACACAUGGGAAUAUUUACAAGAACUGAAUUAAGCCCAUACAUGAAGCUGGCCCGUCUGCCUCGUGGACCAACACUUACUUUUCGCAUUGAAAACUACACACUGGCAAGAGAUGUUGUUUCCAGUUUGCGCAGACAACUUAUUUUCCAUCGUCAGUUUGAACAUGCCCCAUUGGUGGUUCUUAACAAUUUUGCUGGGGAAGGGAGGCACUUGAAACUUAUAGCAUCAAUGUUCCAGAACAUGUUUCCCACAAUUAAUCUUACAAAGGUGAACCUUAACAACAUAAGACGAUGUGUAAUGUUGAACUACAACUCUACAUCAAAAUUAAUUGAUUUCAGACAUUAUGCAAUAAAAGUUGUGCCUGUUGGCCUGUCUCGAAGUGUCAAGAAGUUAGUGCAGAGUAAAGUUCCAAAUCUAGCCAGAUAUAGUGAUGUAUCUGAAUUUCUAACAAACCCCGACCAGUUGUCAGAAAGUGAGGCAGAAGACGAUCCCUCAAGUCAUGUGACACUACCACAAAAGAUAGCCUCUAGAGGAAACAUAACUUCUGGGCAGUCUGCAAUAAGGCUUGUGGAAAUGGGCCCAAGAUUAACUUUGCAGUUAAUCAAGAUUGAAGAGGGUUUGCUGACAGGGGAAGUACUCUUCCAUGAACUUGUUGAAAAGACUGAAGAAGAAAAACAGUUGAUUAAGAAGAAAAGGGAAGAGAAAAGAAAACUUAAGGAAAAGAGAAAGAAGAUUCAGAUGGAAAAUAAAGCAGCAAAGGAGAAAAAGAAGGAAAUUUUAAAGCAGAAAUCACUGAAGGGCAUGCAGAAAGGACAACUGGAAAGUGAUAUUUUAAUGCGGAAGGCAGUUGAAGAAGCAAAUGAAGAACAGGAAAUGAAAAAUGAAGAUGAUGAUGCCCAGUGGUAUAGGCAAGAAGUGGGACAGGAUCCAGAUGAAGGUUUGUUCACUGGCAAUGACAAAGGAGUUAAAAGAAAAAGAGGAACUGAUUUUCACAGGAACAAGAAAGCUCGUUUUGAGGAGACACCAAAAUUUAAACACAGAAAGAAAAAAAGACUCUAAGUCCAGAUGAUAAUAAGUGUAGAAAUUGUGUAAAUAAGAGAGACAAAUCUUCAACUAAAGUGCACAAAAAUUAAUAGCAAAUAACAUUUUUUAUUUAAGAGCUUUUGAACCACCUUAAGUGCAGAUUAGAUCUGUGGCUAUCUGUUACUUUUCUCUUUCUUGUUUGCUCCUCCUCCUUGUCCUUUUGAAGUAACCUUUCGCAUCUACAUGGACUUUUAUUCAAAUGAAUUGAAUCCCUUUCAAGCCAUACUGAUUUCGAAUUUUCAUAGUUUUCCUGAGUCACUUUAGGUGAAUGGCAGGAUGACUAUUUCAUCAAGGCAAUAUCAGGUUCGUUCUCCCAUUCUUUUCUGAGCUAAUGUUUCUCUCUGAUGUUGGUAACACUAACAGGAUUUUAAACUGGUACGUUCCUUAUUAAUGUAUUCCUGUAGUAAAUUGUAAUUGCAUAGUUACUUAAUAAUUUAUUGGGAAGUAAAACUGAAGAAAAUGAAAAAUUAAUUUUUUGUAAUUUAGGUACUUGUAGAGGUUUUACUGAUAUUGAUGAAUACAACCUGGUUAUUUCAUCAAGUCUUAGUCUCUUAGAUACAUAAAAUGAACACUUGAGUCACAUGACAGCUGUUUGGGAAAGGGAUGUGAACUGAUAUACUAGAAGAGGGAUAUUAACUGCUAAUAUUUAUUUGUUCCAGUCCUUUAGCAUGACAAGUUAAUUGUUCAGCACAUCUUUUGUCUUCCCAUUACCCUUUAAUUCUUUGUGUUUAUAUGAUCUUAAUUUUGAUCCUUAACUCAGUCCACCUAUGUGCUUCUGCCUGCUUUGUAUGGCUUCUUUUCCCUUUAUUCCAUUUCCUUUCCAUUACACCAUUGCUCCUUUCAGCCGAUUGUUCCUUGUUAAGCGUGUUGUGUUCCAUAUCUUCUUGAUCAACAUUUUGUCAUCUGUACUCAUGAUGUGAGGCAACGGCCUUGCCGCAGUGGAUACACCAGUUCCUGUGAGAUCACCGAAGUUAAGUGCUGUCGGUCGUGGCCGGCACUUGGAUGGGUGACCAUCCAGUCUGCCAUUCGCUGUUGCCAUUUUUCCGGGUGCACUCAGCCUUGUGAUGCCAAUUGAGGAGCUACUUGACUGAAUAGUAGCGGCUUCGGUCAAGAAUACCACAUAACAACCAUGAGAGCGGUGUGCUGACCCCACGCCCCUCCUCCCUGCAUCCUCUACUGAGGAUGACACGACGGUCGGAUGGUCCCGGUAGGCACACUCGUGGCCUGAAGGUGGAGUGUACUCAUGAUGUGCCGUGGAAAAAAAAAAAAAAAUCUGUUCUGUAUCAUAUCUGAAAUUGGUUCUAAAGUCUCUUGUAACUCCUGUCAUGAGUACGUCUCCAAACUUCAUAUAUGUUUAUUCUUUGUACGGUAUCAUUGCUGACACUAGUUUUCAAAAGUCUUGAGGUGAUAUUCUAGAAUUCUAUUAUAGUAUCUCACCUGAACAAGAAUAAUAUUCUCAGUAAACCACAGUUUGGAUUUCAGAAGAAUUGCUCCAUUGAGAAUGCCAAUUUACAUGUUCACUCACCAAAUUUUAUAAACAUUAAAUAACAAGAUAGCAGUAGUUAUUAUUUUCUGUGACUGUCUCCAGGUGUACAAGCAUGAAAUGUGGAUUUUUUUGUCUGAAAAACAUGUUAAAUUCACAAGAAUGAUAAAUAGUGCUUUGUUCAAA